CGGUUCCAAAAUGUCUCGGGACAGCCGGGGAACAGGACCUCGGGCUUCUUCCUCCUGGACUUUGACGAGGGCAUGCUGGAGGACUGGCGCUCCCUGGCCAGCCGGAAGAGCGGCGGCGGGGAGUCUCAGGACAGCGGGGUGAAGGCGCUGCUGGUGGCCGCCUACUCCUUCAUCAUCGUCAUCUCCCUGUUCGGGAACACGCUGGUGUGCCAUGUGGUGGUGAAAAACAAGCGCACCCAGUCCGCCACCAGCCUCUUCAUCCUCAACCUGGCGGUGGCUGACAUCUUCAUCACAGUCCUCAACACACCUUUCACCCUGGUUCGCUUCGUCUACAGCACCUGGGUGUUUGGGAGGAUGAUGUGUCACAUCAGUCGAUUCGUCCAGUACUGCUCUCUGCACGUCUCCACUCUCACACUCACAGCCAUCGCUCUGGACCGGAGACAGGUAAUUUUAUAUCCGUUGAGACCUCGCAUGUCUCCAGCACAGGGUGGAGUUUGGGUUGCUGUCAUCUGGAUAAUGGCCACCUGUUUUUCCCUCCCACAUGCAAUCUACCAGAAACUCCUGACUUUCACAUACAGUAAGGAGAAGGAGCGCAGCCUUUGUGUUCCUGACUUCCCAGAGCCCUCAGACGUCUACUGGCAGUACAUCGAUCUCCUCACUUUCAUACUGUUAUACGUGCUGCCUCUGCUCAUCAUCACUGCCUCCUACACCACCGUGGCUCGCCGACUGUGGCGCCACAACGCCAUCGGCGUCACCACCACGGCUCAGCAUGCCACCCAGAGGAAGAAGCGGCGGAGGACGCUGGCCAUGCUGCUGCUGGUGGUCGGCGUCUUCGCCGUCUGCUGGUUUCCCCUCAACUGCUACGUGGUGCUUCUGUCCAGCCAGGCGAUCCACUCCUCCAACGCCCUGUACUUCUGUUUCCACUGGCUGGCCAUGAGCUCCACCUGCUACAACCCGUUCAUCUACUGCUGUCUGAACCCCACCUUCCGCCAGGAGCUCCAGAUCCUCUUCAGCAGGUGUCGGAGGAGGCGGAGAGCGGUGGUGGACCUGGAGCCGGAGCUCCGCCCAGCGGUCGCCUGCGGUCCCUGCCACAGAACUGCUUGGCCUGAUAACAACGAAUCCUCGAGGCCGAGGCACUCUCUGUCGCGCCCGGGCCAGGGCUCCUCUGACCAGAGCCAGGCCUCGUCCAGUCGGUCCCACAACUUGAAGGACGCCCAUGUGCUUUUCACCGCCAGGCAGGCGCUCACAGGGCGGACUGAUAUCCUCUCCGUGGAGCCCAUUGUGGCGGUGAGCUGACUGGAGGCAGCUGCCACAGGCCUGAGAGAGCUGGCAUAGUGGA